AUGGCCUCCUCCGGGGGCGGCCGCGGCGGCGACACGGACAACGACGGGCGCCGGGGCCGCCGGCGGCGGCGCAAGGUGCUGCUCAGCAAGCUCUACACCUUCGCGGCCUGCGCGCGCCGGCCCAGCGCCGUGGACGACGAGGGGUCCCGGAUCGGCGGGCCGGGAUUCUCGCGGGUGGUCCACGCCAACGACCCCGCGGCGGCGGCCGACGCGGCCGCCGCCGGCGGGUACCGGUCCAACUACGUCUCCACCACAAAGUACAGCGCGGUGACCUUCAUCCCCAAGUCGCUGUUCGAGCAGUUCCGGCGGGUGGCCAACAUCUACUUCCUCGUCGUCGCCUGCCUCUCCUACACCCCCAUCGCCCCCUUCCGGGGCGCCACCGCCGUCGGGCCGCUCGUCCUCGUCCUCCUCGUCACCAUGGUCAAGGAGGCCAUCGAGGACUGGCGCCGCAAGCAGCAGGACAUUGAGGUGAACAACAGGAAGACAAAGGUGUUCCAGGACGGCGCGUUCCGGCGCACCAAAUGGACCAAGCUCCGCGUCGGCGACGUCGUCAAGGUCGAGAAGGACGAGUUCUUCCCCGCCGACCUCGUCCUCCUCUCCUCCAGCUACGACGACGCCAUCUGCUACGUCGAGACCAUGAACCUCGACGGCGAGACCAACCUCAAGCUCAAGCAGUCCCUCGAGCUCACCUCACAUUUGCAGGAUGAUGCGAGUUUCAGUGGUUUUGGGGCUGUCAUAAGGUGUGAAGACCCGAAUGCAAACCUGUAUUCGUUUGUUGGGAACAUAGAGGUGGAAGAGCAGCAGCAGCAGUACCCUCUGUCGCCCCAGCAGCUCCUGCUCAGGGACUCCAAGCUUCGGAACACCGAGUACGUGUACGGCGUGGUGGUUUUCACUGGCCACGACACAAAGGUGAUGCAGAAUGCCACCAGCGCCCCCUCCAAGAGGAGCAAGAUUGAGAAGAAGAUGGAUGGGGCCAUUUACGUCCUCAUGUCCAUCCUCGUCCUCAUUUCGGUCAUCGGCUCGGUCGUCUUCGGCCUUGCGACCAAGCAUGAUCUGGUGGAUGGCAGGAUGAAGAGGUGGUACCUCAGGCCGGAUAACCCCGACAACAUCUACGAUCCCAACAACCCGGCCGUGUCGGCGGCGCUGCAUUUCUUCACGGCCAUGAUCCUUUACGGCUACUUCAUCCCCAUCUCCCUCUACGUCUCCAUCGAGCUCGUCAAGCUGCUGCAGGCUCUCUUCAUCAACAGUGACAUCCAUAUGUAUCAUGAGGAGAGCGACACGCCGGCUCAUGCCAGGACCUCCAACUUGAACGAGGAGCUGGGCCAGGUCUACACCAUUCUCACCGAUAAGACCGGGACUCUGACUUGCAACUCCAUGGAGUUCAUCAAAUGUUCCAUCGCGGGCACGGCGUAUGGACGUGGAAUCACCGAGGUCGAGAGAGCUAUGGCAAAGAGAAACGGUUCCCCCGUGAUCUCUGAUUUUGAGAUUGGCGUCGAAGACUUCCACUCUGAGGGCAGAUCUGCGAUCAAAGGAUUUAACUUCAGAGAUGAGCGUGUCAUGGAUGGUAACUGGGUUCACCAAGCCCACUCCGGUGUGAUCGAGAUGUUCUUCCGGUUGCUGGCCAUCUGCCACACAUGCAUACCGGAGGUCGACGAAGUAACAGGGAAGAUUUCGUACGAAGCAGAGUCUCCCGAUGAGGCGGCCUUUGUUGUCGCGGCACAUGAACUUGGUUUCACUUUCUACCAAAGGACGCAGGCAGGUGUUUAUCUGCAUGAGUUGGAUCCCUCGUCUGGAGAGCAAGUUGACAGAUUUUAUAAGGUCUUGCAUGUCCUUGAGUUCAGCAGUGCUCGGAGGCGGAUGUCGGUGAUAGUCAAGGACGAGGAGGGGAAAACAUUUAUCUUCAGUAAAGGUGCCGACAGCAUAAUGUACGAGAGGCUAUCAACCUCUGAGAGUACGUAUGCUGAAGCGACGCAGAAGCACAUAAAUGAUUACGCGGAUGCUGGCCUCAGAACACUAGUUCUUGCAUACCGUCAGCUCGAGGAGAUUGAGUACGCAAAAUUCGAAAGGAAGUUCACUGCAGCUAAGAAUUCUGUCAGCGCUGAUCGGGAUGAGCUGAUUGACGAGGCUGCAGAUUUGAUAGAGAGGGAUUUGAUUCUUCUUGGUGCUACCGCCGUUGAGGACAAGCUACAAAAGGGGGUACCUGACUGCAUCGACAAACUUGCUAAGGCUGGCAUCAAGAUAUGGGUGCUGACGGGCGACAAGAUGGAGACCGCCAUCAACAUCGGAUAUGCGUGCAGUCUACUCAGACAAGGGAUGAAACAAAUAACCAUCACACUGGAUACACCAGAUAUCAUUGCCUUGGAGAAAGGUGGUGACAAAGGAGCCAUUAAUAAGGCAUCGAAGGUUAGUGUGGUGCAGCAAAUCAGUGAAGGAAAGAAACUCAUAAAUGCAUCUGGCAAUGAAUCUUUUGCUUUGAUCAUUGAUGGGAAGUCACUUACAUAUGCGCUCAAAGACGAUGCCAAGGCCGCGUUCCUUGAUCUCGCAAUUGCCUGUGGGUCAGUCAUUUGCUGCCGUUCUUCCCCAAAGCAGAAGGCUCUUGUCACGAGGCUGGUCAAAACCGGCACCGGUAAAGUUACGUUGGCAAUUGGCGAUGGUGCGAACGAUGUAGGCAUGAUUCAGGAGGCGGAUAUCGGGGUAGGGAUCAGCGGUGCCGAAGGGAUGCAGGCUGUCAUGGCGAGCGAUGUUUCCAUUGCGCAGUUCCGCUUCCUUGAGCGCCUGCUGCUUGUCCAUGGGCAUUGGUGUUAUAGCAGGAUCUCAUCAAUGGUAUGCUACUUCUUGUAUAAGAACAUCACAUUCGGUGUGACCCUGUUCCUGUACGAGUCCUUUUCGACAUUCUCCGGCCAGACUUUGUACAACGACUGGUCCAUGUCUCUCUACAAUGUCCUUUUCACGUCACUGCCUGUGAUCGCCAUGGGCGUGUUCGACCAAGAUGUUUCCGCCCGGUUCUGUCUCAAGUACCCGAUGCUCUACCAGGAGGGCCCUCAGAACCUGCUCUUCCGGUGGUCAAGGCUCCUAGGCUGGAUGCUGCACGGUGUCGGCAGCGCCGUGAUCAUCUUCUUCCUCACCAUCGCGUCGCUCAAGCAUCAAGCGUUCCGCAAAGACGGCGAGGUCAUAGACCUCUCAAUCCUCGGCGCGACCGCCUACACGUGCGUUGUCUGGGCUGUCAACAUGCAGAUGGCGAUCACGGUGAACUACUUCACCCUCAUCCAGCACAUCUGCAUCUGGAGCGGCAUCUUCCUAUGGUACCUGUUCCUCAUAAUCUACGGCGCCAUCACGCCGUCCUUCUCGACCACAUUCUUCAUGGUGUUCUCGGAGGCGCUGGGGGGCGCGCCGGCCUACUGGGUGGUGACCCUGCUGGUGGCCGUGGCGGCACUCAUCCCCUACUUCACCCUCGCUGUGGUCAAGACGUGGUUCUUCCCGGACUACCACAACAAGAUCCAGUGGCUGCAGCACACGGCCAAGCACGAGGACCCCGAGGAGGAGCUGGGUGUCGUCCUGCGCCAGUUCUCGGUGAGGUCCACCGGGGUGGGCGUGUCGGCGCGCCGCGACGCCAAGCUCGUCCGCACCAACAGCAAGGCCUUCCACUUGGACUCAUCAUCACAAUCACAAGCCACCGUUGAGCUGACUUAG